AUUAGGACGUCCAUAGUGAAGGCGCUGCAGCAGACAUCAUUGCACAGUCUAGGUGCUCUCAAGCAGACGUCAUCCAUGCUGAGUCAAGUUACAGCUGUCAGUGAGGAGGUGUCUCCAGAAGCACAGGUGAUCGCUGUCAGCAUAUUUGAGGACAUGGGAAAAUUCGUUAAGACCAAGUCGCAGGAGCAUGGCAUCGAUGAUGUGGAGCUGCUAGAUACGGCCAAAUUCCUAAUAAGUGGCAUUUCGGGUAUCAUCACGGGCUCCAUGUCUGCUGCGGCGAAAGUCAGGACGAGUAGUCUGGUGGCCAUCGUUGAGGUCAACGAUACAUAUGCAGGGGAAGCCAGUGUGCCACAAGAUCAGGAUGUCUCCCUGGAUGAUGAUCGAUCAGAUGAACAGAUUUUACAACAGAGCAAGGAGGUCGCGAUGAAGUCGUUUGCGGUCAUUGAGGACAUCACCGAGGCGAUACUGAUGCAAAAGCUGACGGGCGAGGAUGCGACCGUCAUCACGACCGACCUCAUAUCCGUGACUCUCGAGAAGCGCGUCGCCACGGAGUUUGGCGGCAAGCGGCUAGGAAGCAAGGCGACUGGCGAGUUCAGGAUUCCUUCAUCCGCAUCCCUGCUGGCACAGCCAGACGCCGGCCACGUCCCGGACAUUCUCCAGUCGCAGCUAUUCAACACAAUGAGCAACCUACAACUGGGGAGUAAUCCUCACUGCUUGUCACGACCCCGGUCACCGCCUCAAUGUUCGCAUCUCCACGGAUAA